AUGGCCGCCGCCGCCGCCGCCGCGCCGCCGCCUCGAAGCACCACCGGUCCCUCGCCACCGGAUCCCGCCGAGUUAGGGUUUCGGCCGCCGUUCAGCGACACACCCCCUCCUCCUCCUCCUCUACCAGGCACCCAAGUUGGGCCACUGUCGAGAUUGUCAGGGGAAGAUCUCAGUCCUGAUCUGAAACCUUGUCAAGGAUUCGAAGGUGCUCCAGAUACUAAGGAUGUGAGGACACCCGAAAGCUCAGAGUUUUUCUUGAGGGAACCUGAAAGUUCUGAUAAAAAACUCAUUUUGGCACGUGAAGCAUUCACUGAUGAACAAUGGGUGCAGUUGCAUGCUCAAAUACUAAUUAGUGGAUAUCUUACGCAUGGAAGAGCACCAAAAGAGACCAACAUGAUUCUGGCUUUUGGAGAGCCAGUGGAGGGUCAGAAACAUGCGUGGGAGGAGGUUUGGCGUGCUGCUCUUGACAGAUGCCAGAACCAGAUGUCGCCGAUGGCUGGCCUUGCGACACCACCUAGUAGUUCUUUGAUAGGUAGCUGUACUGUUGAACAAGGUAGUAAGGAUACUACUGUCUGGAAGAGCACCAUUUCAAAACCAUACCGUGAUUCACUACAAGGUGGUAGUGGUGAGAAAAAAACUCAAGUUCUGGAUGUUGAGAGACCUACUAAGAUGCUUGAACAAAGAAAUGGUGAUGAGGAUCACCUAGCAGUCAGUUGUGCCCAAAAAGCUGAUCAAACACUAUGUGGUGAAGGUAGUCCCAUAGCUGAACCAGAUAGCAAGGAUACUGCUGUGGGCAAGACCAUCAUUUCAGAACCACCAAGCAGGGAAAUCCUCUCUAAUUCACUGCAAAGUGACGGCCAUGGGAGAGCAAGUCAAGGUGAUGAAAGUACGGAUGAAAGUACCAGAACUGAUGCAGAGAAAGAGCAUCCCAGUGAUGAACUCAAUGUACAACCUGCUGGAAUCUCACCUUCUGUAAGCUACAAUGAGGCUGUUCAAGACCUAUCGGAUGAUGGCAAUGGCUUGGAACAGAACGUGCUAGACACAUGUUUAAAAUGUGGUAAAUCUGGACAGUUGCUGAGAUGUUGCAGCUGCCCCUUGGCUGCCCACGACAGCUGUUUUGGUUCAUCGGGGAGAUUCGAUGAUGGCCAGUUCUAUUGUCCGGUUUGCUUCUACUCUAAAGCCACUAAGGGUUACAAAAGGGCUGAGAGAACAUUAUCUGAAGCAAAGAAAAAUUUAUCUGGUUUCUUUGGCUGGAAGCGAUUUGCAAAGCAGCAAGAUGAGCAGUCUAUUACUGGAAAUCAGCAAAGAGCUGCCGCCAACUGCGAGAAGGAUCAUUUAAAUGGUCGUUGCGCAUCUAUAAGGCAAGCUAGUAACCAUCAGGCUAAAGAAGCAGCUAACUUUUCUCGUAAAGAUGAAGAGACUUGUCAUGGAAAUCCAGAAACCCAUGAAGUUAGAAGUAGCAGUUCAGUUGAUGAAGUGGCACAUUCAUCUCAGAAUGGAAUCAGUUCUAUUGCAAAUCGCAAUAUCAAGGCUGUCAAAGAGAACCAUCUUAUGAAUUCGCCCAAUUGCGAAUUCUCUGCCAAAAGAGGAGAUAUAUCAGAGCGAAAUAUGAGCCGCCGGAAAGUAACUUUUCAAGAAAAGGAGACAGGGGCAUUAAAUAGUCAUGGAAAAGCAUCAGGGCGCCAGGACCAGUACGUGCAUUCACCAGCACGGAAAAGAUCCUAUCCGUAUCCACCCGAGUGUUACUCUACACCUGCUAGAAGCCCCCUUGCGCCAAGAAGAAGGUCCUUCGUAUCGACUGCGAGGCGCGCACGGCUCCUUUGGACGGCAGAAGAAGAGGAGGCUUUGAGGGAAGCGGUGGCCCGGUUCGCCCCAAAAGGCAAGGGGCAGAUCUCGUGGAUCCAGAUCCGGGAACACGGCGAUGGCGUGUUCCACCCCAAGCGUUUACCGAACGACCUGAGGCAGAAGUGGAACAACAUGAAGAAGAGGGACGAGGCCCCCCACGAAGGGGCGGGCCUUGCAGGUCUGGUUGCGAGGACACGGCGAGCGAGCCUUCCGCCUUUAUGGAGAAAAGAGGCUUGUAAAGAUGGCAUGAUUUAGCGAAGGGUGGCGGGAGGAAAUGUUGGCAUCUGGAACAUUUCCAGGAGUAUGCCUGUAUGUAUAUCAUCAUGCAUGGGGGAGACUCAAUAUUCAGUAACUUAGUGAUAUCUAUCCCAGACUUCAUUUCUCUCUGAUGGUUAUGUAAUGAUGUUAUUAUUCUCUAUAUGUAUGUAUGUUGAAGUGGAGAGGGCCUCGCAAUAUUUGUGAGCUGUUUUCUUAUUAUCACUGACUUCAUAUCGUCU